UGAGUUCGGAACAAGUUCUUAAAAUGUGAGGGGGCGAAUGUGCAGUUGUUGCCACCCAAGAGCGUAGGAGGACGUUUCCGAGAUCACCUAAUUGGACUGGACCGCUGAUAAACUGGAAACAUUUCUCAAUACAAACACACUCCUUAUAAAAGCAUACAUCCAGUUUUCUAAAGAUUCAAGACGAUUUGGACAGGGAUUUGCUCUCUCAAGGUUCAUAAGUGAAGAUGACUGUCUCAGUGCUUUCUGCUAUACUUUUACUGGCCUGUAACGUACCAUCAAGUGUAGCUCAGUCAAGCUGCAGUGGAAGAUGCGGCGAAGAAUACUACAGAGGUUUUAUGUGCCACUGUGACUACGAAUGUAUCGUUCACGACGAGUGCUGUAAAGACUACAUAUCCCAGUGCACCACCAAGGACUCAUGCAAAGGACGUUGUGGAGAGGUGUUCAAGAGAGGCAGGGGUUGUUCCUGUGAUGCUGACUGUCAGCAGUUCAACCAGUGCUGCCCAGACUUCAAGGACAACUGUGAUCCAGAAGAAUCAAGCAAAGGACCAGCCAGUACACCAGCGAAGACUAGUUCAUGCGAUAACAUAAACGAUAACAAACCAACAGAUUCUCAGGCUCAACCAGCCGAGCAGCCAGAGGAGACUCCCAUCAACAGCAACGUGGAAGAGGACCAAGAUUUACCUGAGAGUGAAUUCAAUCCACUAACCCCAGAAGACUCACAGGAUCCCUAUGACGAUGUGAUAGGUGAGACCUACCCAAACAUCCCUACUGACACAGGGCCAGAGGUUCCCCCUAUCCCAGAAGCCUCGAGUGGAUACGAACCCUCCCCCUCUGACCUGCCUGAGACGGUCCCCUCUGAGCCCUCCCUGACCCAGACCACCCCCUGGGUAGACAGCCAGGAUGACCCUGAGCAAGAAGCGACUGCAGAGGAGACCUACACAGGCCAGCCGGGGGACCAGGAGGGAGACUCAGGUCCCUCCGACGGCCUUCCCACACAGACCGUCCCCGACGGUGAAGCAGACUCUCCCAGUGAUCUCGAGGGACAGCCUGACCCCACUCUCCCUGGAUCCCCCUCCGCUCAGCCCAACUCAGAGCCCCAGACGAGUCCUUCCCCUGCUGAGAGCGACGCCCAGCCUGAUGGACAAGACAAACCACAGCCUGACACCCAGGAUGUGGACAACGAAUCUCUUACUAAUGACUCCGAGAGCCCCGUGCCUGACCCAGAAAGUGCUGGUGACCUGAUCCCCACCACAGCCUCUCCCCCAACCUCUCCAGGCCCCACCAAGAACCCACCGUCCCCAGACGACUCAGAGCCUUCCCCUGCUUCUCCAAACAGCACCACCCCCUCCACCAACUCGCUUGUCCCUGAGCCCACCACCCUGGCCUCAGAGCAGGAGGCCUCAAACGAUGCCCCGACGGCCACAACAGUCUCUUCCUCUGAACCUCAGGUUUCCAAGGGAACCUCCAGCACUCCAGUGUCUGAGGACACUGAGCCUAAACCCAGUUCAGAGACCAAAGGUCAAGAUGAAUCCAUGACAACAACAGCAACCUCUGUGAAGGAAGGGGAUGAAGCAGCUGUAGAGGAAACCUCCACAGACCCCAUGAAGUUCAUACUAACCCCAGCCAAACCAGCCCCAGCCCAACCAGCCCCAGCCAAACCCACCUCAAAACCAAAGCCCAAACCGACCAAGCCCAGCUCUGACCUUGGCACAUAUAAUCCCAGAGAUUACCAGUCAGAUGACAACAACAACACCAACCUCUGCACCGGCCGCCCUGCAGGAGCCACCACCACGCUGAGGAACGGCACCGUCGUGGUGUUCCGAGGACACUAUUUCUGGGUGCUGGACAGCUUCAGAAACCCAGGUCCUGCCCGCGGGAUCACGGACGUGUGGGGUGUCCCCUCUCCCAUCGACACAGUCUUCACGCGCUGCAACUGCCAGGGCAAGACCUACAUCCUGAAGGGACCUCAGUACUGGAGGUUUGAGAAUGGCAUGGUGGACCAAGGAUACCCUAAGCUGGUCAGCACAGGCUUCGACGGGCUUCAAGGCCAGAUCACCGCUGCCCUGUCGGUGCCCGAGUACCGCAGGAGAGGAGAAGCUGUUUACUUUUUCAAGAGCGGGGGAUUGGUCCAGAGGUAUUCUUAUAAGCAGGGCACCAGUCCAACCUGUGGGAAGAAGGUACAAUAUGCUGUGUACGGCGCACGCAACCGAGUUGCCAGACAAGCAGCUUCUCCACUGGGGCCGGCUAUCAACAUCCGUGUGACCUGGAAGGGCUUCCCCUCCACCGUGACCUCCGCCGUGUCCAUCCCCAACCGCCGCCAAGCCGAGGGCUACAGCUACUACGUCUUCUCACGGUCCAAAUACUAUAAUGUCAAGAUGGAAGAUCGUCCUGUUCUGGCUACACCCAUGAGCCUAUCCCCCAAGAAGAACUCAGCAAAGGACUUCUUCAACUGUCCAAAGACAGUCUGACAACUCCAAACAAACUUGCGCCACAAACUGUCACAGAUUUUCAAA